GUUUUCUGUUUUCACACAUCUCCUCCUCUAAACUGGGAAGAUCUUUGAAGUGCAGCAGAUGUUCGGCUGUGAUCUCACGUGCAGUGCAGGGACUACAGAAUCGGAUUUUCCCCACUUCUCGUGUGUUUUGCAUGAAAUCCCACCUCGUUCAUUCACUGUCACAAAUCUGUUUCAUGCAAUCCUCCGUCUGUCACUCAACACCACGCUUCUUCUUCCUCCUCCUCCUCUUCCUCCUCCUUGCUUGGCAUCAGCUUGGUGUGAGCGUGCAUGUGUGCGCGCCCACCCUGUUCCAGCUGCUCCCUGUGAAAACAUCUCUGGCACAAAGCAGCCGCCUCGACGCGCAUCUCGUCCCCCUCUUCCUUCGUUUCUUCGGGGUUUAUCUCUGUCUCGCAGGCUCCGGCGACGGCCUUUAAUCGCUUUGCGUUUCUUUACCUCUCAAAAUGAGUCGGGAUGUAAUGCCGCCCCGCCGUCGCUAGCUAGGCGGACAAAUUCCUCCAACCAGCCCGCUGCUCGCUCCACUCACUGCGGGGUUGGCACCACAUUAGCAGAGGCGUCGCUGGGUGAGCUAGCCGGGACUAGCUAGCUAGCGUUCGUAGCCGUCACGUCUGUUUUAGCUAACGUUAGCUAGUGUGGUUAGUUGCCGAGCGGAGGGUCGUGCAAUAACUAUUAUCACUAAUGUUAGCUUACUAGCGAGGACUACCACUUUUUUUUCUAGCGUGAACUAGCUUGCUAGCGUUGCACAGAAAUCGACCGUUAACGGGUUUUGGAUGUCGCGACACUGCCGGUUUCGAACCACGGACUGCGAAGACAGAACUGGAGCCCAGCGACAGGCGGUACCGAGGUAGAACCGGACCACAGAGUGAUAAUAGGGGGUUCAUGGUGUGACGCGGGUAUCAAGUGGCUAAUCUGUUGCAGGCAUUUUCUUUUAACAUUAGCCCCGCGCUAAGGCAGAGCAUCUCAGGGAGGCCCCGCCGUCUCCCGACUCCCCUCCCCGAGUCUCCAGCGAUCUGCCGAGAACACCCGGGUGAAGUCGCAGUUGUUCCCGGCCGGGGGGGCAACUUGACAGCGAGGCCCCUUUAGCUUAGUCUCCCCUCCCCCUCCGCCCCAGUCCCGUCCAUCCAUCCUCCCUGCCUUCAAUCCGUCCAGCCCCGUGCAGACCGCCUCCUCCUCGCCCGAGACAGAAAGCGAGGGACCGGGGGGGAUAAAAAAAAGAAGGGGGGAAAAAAAGCAGCGAGCCGUGGGCAAGUGUUUGUCGGGUCCCGUCUGAACCGGGCUGCCACAAGCAGAGGGGAUGACUCUGGAGUCCAUGAUGGCUUGCUGCCUGAGCGAAGAGGCGAAGGAGUCGAAACGAAUCAAUGCAGAAAUUGACAAACAACUCCGCCGAGACAAGCGGGACUCCCGGAGAGAGCUGAAAUUGCUGCUUCUCGGUACGGGAGAAAGUGGCAAGAGCACCUUCAUCAAGCAGAUGAGGAUCAUCCAUGGAGCCGGAUACUCAGACGAGGAUAAGAGGGGCUUCAUCCGGCUUGUUUACCAAAACGUCUUCACCUCCAUGCAGGCCAUGAUCCGCGCCACCGAGACCCUCAAAAUCCCGUACAAAUAUGAACAGAAUCGGUCUAAUGCCAUGAUCGUGAAGGAGGUGGACAUUGAGAAGAUCGCUGGGUUUGACAAGCCCUACAUUUCAGCUAUCAAAUGCCUGUGGUCCGACCCGGGGAUCCAGGAGGCCUACGACCGCCGCAGAGAGUACCAGCUGUCUGACUCUACUAAAUAUUACCUUAGCGAUAUAGACCGUGUGACUGCGGAGGGAUACGUUCCCACCCAGCAGGAUGUGCUGAGGGUCCGUGUUCCCACAACGGGUAUAAUAGAGUACCCAUUUGACCUGGAGAAUGUCAUCUUCAGUUAUCUUACCGAUCUGGAUCGUGUUGCUGAUUGCAACUAUCUUCCCACGCAGCAGGAUGUGCUCAGGGUGCGCAUCCCCACUACAGGAAUCAUAGAGUACCCCUUCGACUUGCAAAGCAUCAUUUUCAGGAUGGUGGAUGUAGGGGGUCAGAGGUCCGAGAGGAGGAAGUGGAUUCACUGUUUUGAGAAUGUCACCUCCAUUAUGUUUCUUGUGGCGCUGAGUGAGUACGACCAGGUCCUGGUGGAGUCAGACAACGAGAACCGUAUGGAGGAGAGUAAAGCUCUGUUCAGGACUAUCAUAACCUACCCUUGGUUUCAAAACUCCUCCGUCAUCCUCUUCCUCAACAAGAAGGACCUGCUGGAGGAGAAGAUCUCCUACUCACACUUGGUGGACUAUUUCCCCGAGUUCGAUGGUCCCCAGAGAGAUGCACAGGCAGCGCGGGAGUUCAUCCUCAAGAUGUUUGUGGACUUAAACCCCGACAGCGACAAGAUCAUCUACUCCCACUUCACUUGUGCCACGGACACUGAGAACAUCCGCUUUGUGUUUGCAGCUGUCAAAGACACCAUCUUACAGCUCAACCUCAAAGAGUACAACCUGGUGUGAGGGCUCACGUACGACGCACAUCUCCUCCCCCAUUGCACAAAUGCACACCUCUCCCGGAGUGUGCGCUCAGCUCCACAUGCAUCAAACAACACACACACACACACACACACACACACACACACACACACACACACACACACACACACACACACACACACACACACACACACAGGACCCUUCCUUUCCUCCCCCAGUGCAGUACAUUCACAGAUCCUCCCAUCUGCAAAUGCCGCCCCUGCUCUUUCACCAUAGCUCACCCUCUUCUUCUUCACUUGGCAGCUUGUUGUGUCAGAAUCCUCGCUCCUCGCAAAGCUGCUCCGUGUGUCAGUUAAGGCCCCGGCUGCCGGCUCUGGCACAUUUCAUCUGGCACACAAACCUUUCACACGGGCUGUACAGUGACUGAAGGGGACUUUGGUGUGUGUGCGUCUGUGUGUGCGUUUGUGUUUGGGGCAGCAUUGACUGGCAAGGAGCUGUGUUUGGGUGACCAGCGGCAACAAACCUCUUUUGCCCUACGGAGUUGACGGUGAGGUUGGCGGUUUGAGAUCAGAUCCUCUGUCAUCUCCUUUCUGAGCCCCUGCCGGCGUGGAAGGAAGCGAACACUGCAUCUCCUGAAAACACCCAAGGACCAGUGGCUGGACGCUGAAGGACAGAUACUGCAGAGCGAGUCGUACAGGAUGUGAGGACACAAGGGGAUGAGGCUGAUGAUUCUGUCUCCACCUCGCAUCUAUGAAUGUACCCACCAGAGUGAGCAUCGCAAUUGAGAAAAAACAAAAGGAAAAAAAAUAGAAAUAUAUAUUAUGAUGUAAAUGCAUAUAUAAACACACUUAAGACAAAAAGCAUGAGAGGGCAAGACAUAGCUAAUCAAAAUUUAUUCGUUGCUGAGAUUUAUAAAAUGUUUUUAAUGAUAGAGAUCUGUUGCUACUUCUAUUAAACGGAUAAUGGCUACAUGGGACGGCGAUAAGAAAAGGGGAGAAAAUCGAUUAAAAAAAUUAAAAAAAAAACUUUUAAACAAAGACAUCUUAAAAAGAAGCCGCCAGAAAUUUACUUGACAUAAGGAUCAUUUUAAGAUUUCUGUAAUUUUGUGUUUAAGUUAAUCACAUGGCUUCCCUCCAGAUGUUUUCUGUAUGGAUUCACAUGGACAAUCUUCCGUGUGACCUCCGCACUGAUAUACAAUGACCCCCCCCCCCACCCCACCCCACACACCCUUAGUACAAAAACACCUGUAGCGGGUGAGAGGACCCUGCUCUCCACACAGGCGCUGCUCUGAUUGGUGGAAGCGAAUAUAGAGGGUAAUGCGAGGUCAUCAGUGCGCAUCACCCCACAGAGCACAUCUGCAGCUCGGGCUGCAAGUAGCUUAUUCAACAAAAUAGAAGCUGUAAAUUAAACGCGCCCUGGGUGUGUGAGUAGAACCCAUGUGGUAACAUCACUGAUGACGUCACACCUUGCGUCACUCAGCCGUCCAAUCAGACACACUUCCUGAUGGUGACCUAGUCAUCCAUUAUAUCGGGAUGUGCCUCUGUUAAUUUUUUUUUUUUUUUUUACUGUAUAGUCACUUUGUUUAUAAAGUGCUGUUGAGUGGUGAGAGGAAGGGGAGUGGGGGGGCUAUGAUCCUUUCACAGAAAACGCACUCUGAAGUCUGCUAACGUUGUUUGUGUAUAUUUGUUUGUAAAUACAUAUACACAAAAACACUCCUGUACAAAAAAAUGCUCUGUGGUACACCAUCUUUGGCAAAAAACAAACAAACAAAAAAAACAACAAAAAAAAAUCUUAACUUCUUUUGUUAGCACACAGUUUUUCUUAUGGAUUUAUGGUAGUAUUGAUACUGUGAUUAUGGAUUUUGUUCACUUGAUUAAUAGGACUACGCAGAGCUGGGUGGUGCUGAGGAAACGAUCGGCACGGAGCAAUAGUCAGAGAAAAGACGUUCCUCCUAACCAGCCUCACAACUCCACACUACUGCAACAGCUCUGCCGCCAGAGUAAUACAAACUAGGGCUGGUUUAAAAAAAAAAAAACUUCACAGUAUGGUGACAAGAUGAUUUUAAGAGUAAUUAAAGACUUUUUUUUUUUAUUUAUCUAAUUUAUGGACCAGGUUUGAAGGUGUUGUUAAUUUGACUGCUUUUGAUUCUGUCAUGUUGAAGUGCUCCUUUUCUCACGGCGGAGCCUACUUGAGUCUGAACUGCUGUAAAAAAAAACAAAAAAAAAACACGAAUGUCUGGUAUAGUAAGGACUUUAUCUCUGCUUUCUAUUUCUUAUCGCGACAUUUCCAGUUGUACUUGCCAUCACAUCUCCAUCCAUCUGUAAUACUCUUUGGUUUCUUUAGAAGCCCUCACAUUUGUUUUGUUAGAUUUAAAAAGAAAAAAAACAACAAAAAAAACCAAGAAACUCGUAUUUCCUCCUGGUUUAUAGACGCAGCGCUGUAAUGCAUACCUAGAAAAAUGUACAGUACGAACGUAGGUGGACUUUUUUUUAAAUCAGUGAUUGAAGACCCCCCGCGGUCCAUGCUUGCUAUUUGUAAUUUAACACAAAAAAAAAAAUUCUGUUGUCAGUUUUUUUGCAUUGUUAAUUUCCAGUUUUUUGAGGCUUGCUUUGAUAGUGCCAGUGAAGUGCAGAUACUUUUUUGGUCUUUGACCUUUUCUACAGGUGACUUAUCCUUCAUCAUCAUUAAGGGCUAUCACAGUGCAUCAGGCAUCAGACAGUGGGGGGUGGAGUACAGGACCACAGAGAACCAAGUCAUCCACUUCCUCUUUAUACACGGAGGUUACUCGCAGUAUGUGUUCUAAGAAGUAUAGGCAGGGUGUUAAUGCAAAUAUAAGGUGUGUGUAGAGAGCGUUUACCAACACUAAGCAGUUUUCUUUGUGUUUUUUUUUAUUUUUCAUGUAUCUGGCCCUUCGGUGGGUUAGGUGGACCCAGUAUCUGUCUCUCUGACCGUCACUACUUCACGUGUGUUUGCACUGGUAUCACAGUGUUACCUGUAACGCCUCUUGCAGUGUAGAAACACGUGUCACUAAAAGACACUGCUAACCAGGACAAGUGUUGCAUUUUCCAAGUAUAUGAGUUGUACCUCAUGAUAGCCAAGAAGUCGUAAUGGUCAUACUGGUGUUUGUGUAUUUUAACCCAUUAACUACAAUUCUUAAGCUUCGUUGUUGAGCAUUUUUGCAGUUAAUAGUUUGAGUUCCUAUAGUCCGGGCAGCUUCUGGUUUCUAUUAAUGCCACUAAGGUUUGUGGGUCUCCUUUUCCCCCUUUUUGUCAAUUUUUUGUUGGUUCUGUGAUAUUUGUGGCAGUAAUGCAGUGAGCAGCGAUGCUCUCAAAGAAGCUCUUAAAGCUUUUAAUUGGUCGACGAUAACAUAUCCUAGAACUGCAUCAAUCCUUACAUCAAAGUAAAAGGAAAAACUGCCUCUUAAAUCCCCAAAUCCGGAGUUUGUUUUCAGAACACAAACACAUCAUGUACCAGUGAUGCAAGGAUCCAACUCCUCUGAUAUCUCAGAGAAUCUGCUGGUACCCAGUACUGAUGCAACCCUCAGUGUGAGCUGCUGCAUUGGGAUCAUUUUAUUUUUAAGUCACAGCUCAGAGAUUACUGUGACAUUAUAAACAGAGUUUUGUUCAAACUUAAAGGAAACACUACAAUGAAAGACUCUGACAAAGAAACUGGAUGUGGAUGAGUUUUGUUUGGCCAAGACCUGAUCAGCUCAAUUUUUAUUGUGAUGAAACAAACCACAGGCUGCCUGGAAGAUGGGAAAUCAAUCUUUAACACCUAACACAAGGUUUGAACACCAUCCAAGUUAAUGGGGCUAAAAUAUAUAUUUUGAAUAAUGCCAGUGUGUUCCUGAACUGCCAUUUUGUCUGCUGUAAAUGACACUUAACCUUGUUUUGCGGAGGAAGCAGACCGCCAUCCUUCAGACAGCUGUCAUAAAGAGGGCCUGGAUGCCAGUAUUUAAGUGGAAAGAUUAUACCAGUAUGAUUACCCAAGUAUUUAUCAAUGGUUGUGUUGAGAUUUACUGUGUGUUGAGUGCAGCUUACUUUAAUAGUGACAAAACUGAUGUAUUUUUAAAACUUGACACUACAACUCUGGCACAUGGUGAAGGGCUGACUGGCUUUUUAGUGUGGGUGUGGUAGUUUGUUGGCAGCCCGUCGUUGCAGUGUGUUAACACAUUAUCUCACCGUACAGGAGCUGGAAAGAGGGAAGGCAGCCGCGUGCGACACUUAAAUCUCCUUCUCGCUCUUUCGUUCUCGUCCGUUUUUUGGAGCAUUAACCAGCGAAAACACUGGACUGGUUUUUCACUACAAUUCUCUCUUAUUUAUUGCCUCUCAUUGCCUUGAAUAACGACAGAUGGCGUUCCCGGCCCGAUGCGGUUUCAAAGCGUGCUGUGUGACCUUGUGGCGACCGGGAGCUGUGUGAUGUCCCCUCCUGUGGGCUAGUUGGAAUAGGUGGAAUCAAACUUAUCCUUUGGACAUCAGUAUGAAGUCGGUGCAUUUUCAUAAACUUAACCUUGCGCCCCCCCUUUUUUUUUUGUGUGUAUGUUUUUCAUUUUUUUCUCUGUGUACGAUAAGAAGACAUUACCAGAACACUAUUAUUUAGGACCACAUGAUUUAUUUUUCCUCACUCCAAUGAAACCUGGAGGUCAGUUGUGUAGUGUUGUAUAAAAUACUGUUUUUUUUUUUUUCCUCUUUAUUUUGUAUGUAAACCAAAUGUAAAUUAUGUAUUAUACUGAGUGUGCCAACCCCACUCUUUAUCUAGAGCCAGGCUCUCUCUUAAGUGCCAACGCUGUGGUCAUCAUCAGAAGGACCACCGCCCGAGAUGGUCUCCCCUUUUUAAAUAAAACACACCAGAGACUAAAAGGAUAAAUGAUUAAGUACAAAAACACUUUAUUCUGUAUUUAAGAUUGAAGAUUUAAAAGAUAAUCUGCUGUUUAUUUGUUUUUUUUUUAAGAAACUGUAAUUACAAUUGCAUGUGCUGUUUAUUUUGUGUUGGAAGUGAGGGCUUGGAUGUUUUCAUUGAAGCAGAGCCCUUAAUAAAGGGGGUUCGAUCAGUUGGUUAUUAUCGAUUAUUGAUUUACAUAACUCUUGCCAUAUUUUUUUUUUAAAUGUGUUUCAUGUAUUUGUUUCAACCACUGUUGCCUGAUCCUCAUUCAAACAUGAACAUGACUUACGAUCAUUAUCGCCUUCUAAGAGAGAAACAUAAUGACAAGGUAUCUGUUUUAAAUUGAAAUAAAUUUGUUCCUAUACUUGC